AUAAAACUGCGUUUUGAGUUCUAACAUUGUCAUCUGCUGACCGACUUUUGGUCCGCGCGUCUCGCUGGAUCUCCGCUUCGCGGUUCGAAACCGAACCGGUUCUCCCCAUACCUCCGAUCCGUCCACCAUGCUCUGUUCUCCUCUUGUUGUUUAAAGCCGUCUCUGUUCUCCUCAACCAUUCGACUCGUAACCCCUACCUUUCUUCUACCUCGCGAUUUGAUUUCGUGCCAGAUCUAGGGCUUGCUUCGUCAGUCUAGAUCACCCAUUAUACGCACAUUUCAUUUUGAUUCUUAGAGCCUCAGAUCCGCCCUGUGUUACUGCACCGUACGAAGGCCCGAAUUAGGUUUUUUCGCGGUAUUUUUUUUUGUUUACUUGAUAAUUAGGAGGUGAAUUCGAGCUAGUUUGUCCUAUUCUGUGCUAGAAAUGUAUGCGAAAUCCGCGCAGUCGUCGUAUCGGGAUCGGACGCAGGAGUUUCUAAGCGUAGCGGAGAGGCUAAAGAAGUCGGUAUCGUCGGCGGCGGGGAAUGCGCCUAGCAUUAGUGAGUCGAAGGGGAAUGGAGCGCCCCGGUCUACGGUGGCGAUUCAGUCGGAGUUCAACAAGAGGGCUUCCAAGAUUGGGUUUGGGAUCCACCAGACGUCACAGAAGCUGGCGAAGCUCGCGAAAUUGGCCAAGAGGACAUCAGUUUUUGAUGAUCCCACGUUGGAGAUCCAAGAGCUAACUGCAGUUCUCAAGCAGGAUAUUACUGCUCUUAAUUCAGCUGUGGUAGACCUGCAGAUACUUUGCAACUCUCAGAAUGAAAGUGGAAACAUCUCAAGUGACACCACCAGCCAUUCAACUACAGUGGUGGAUAACCUAAAGAGCCGCUUAAUGAGUGCCACAAAGGAGUUUAAAGAAGUCCUUACAAUGCGGACAGAGAACUUGAAAGUUCAUGAGAAUAGAAGGCAGUUGUUCUCUUCCACUGCUUCAAAAGAGCCUGCAAAUCCUUUUGUUCGCCAGCGCCCUUUAGCUGCCAGAUCCCCUUCCAGUGCCUCAGCAGGCCCUCCUCCAUGGGCCAAUGCUUCUGCAUCUGCAUCUUCAUCUUCCUCUUCAUCACAGCUAUUUCCAAGGAAGCAAACAGAAGCAGAGUCUCAGCCAUUGCUGCAGCAGCAGCAUCAACAGCAGUUAGUUCCACUACAAGAUAGUUAUAUGCAAAGCAGAGCUGAAGCACUUCAAAAUGUGGAGUCGACCAUCCAUGAGCUGAGCAACAUAUUUACACAGCUAGCUACCAUGGUUUCCCAGCAAGGAGAGCUUGCAAUCAGGAUCGAUGAGAACAUGGAGGAGACGCUGGGAAAUGUGGAAGGAGCGCAGGGGCAGCUGGUCCGCUACCUUAACAGUAUAUCAUCCAACCGAUGGCUGAUGAUUAAGAUAUUCUUUGUAUUAAUUGUAUUCCUCAUGAUUUUCUUAUUUUUUGUAGCAUAAUAAUAUUUGAAAAAUUAGAGAAUAAAGGAAAGACCAGAGCUUUUCCUUCUCUUUCUCUUUUUUCCUUUUUUCUCCUCUCAUUUUUCUUAUAAAAUUGAGUCUCGUUUGGAAGGGAAAUAUGAAAAAUGCCAUGUACUUGAUACGACAAAAAGAGGUUAAAUGGAUUUUUUAUUUUU